CUCAAUCACCUAUCGUAAUUCGCACAAUGGUGACAAUAUAGACUGUAAUAUUGAGAUGAACUGAUAUAGAAUCAUGACUAAAAGCGGAACUGUUUUUGUCAUGAGUCACAUGUACAGUAUAGCUACUGAAAGCUGUCUGUGGAAAGUCCGUAACAACCCUCCCAAAAAAUACCGGAAAUUAUUAAAAGAUUUACUGGACCGAUAGGUAGAUAAAUAGAUAGACCGAUUAUGAUUACUGGUGUUACUGAUAAGCAAAAGAUCAGAAGAGUUCAACACAACAUCAAAAUAAAUGAGCGCACUAACUAGUCUAGGUGGAGGGGUACUGAACCUGAUAGCUGCAGAACACUGUUCCCAACUAAAUUUGAACACAUCCACUAGCCGCAAAAGAGAGUAUUUGGACACUUAUGUCACAGUUUGUUGCAUUGUUAGCAAAUGUCACUUUGAUAUUCUGAUAUAAAUCACAAUAAGUCUCUUAUGUUCACCAAGGCUGCAUUUAUACAGUAAAAAAAAUUAUUUGAAGCAACUAAUUUAUAUUGUAAUAUAUCUUAAAAUGAAUUAUAAUCCUGUGAUAGCAAAGCUGAAUUUUCAGCAUCAUUACUCGAGUCUUCAGUGUCACAUGAUCCUUCAGAAAUCAUUCUAAUAUGCUGAUUUGCUGCUCAAGAAACAUUUCUUCUUAUUAUCAGUGUUGAAAACAGUGCUGCUUAAUAUUUAUGUGGAAACCGUGAUACAUAUUUUCAGGAUUCUUUGAUAAAAAAUAAAGUUAGAAAGAAUAGCAUAUAUUUGGGGGAAAAAAAAGGUAUUUUAAUGCGUCCUUGCUAAAUAAAAGUAUUAAUUUCUUUCAAAAAGGAACCCUUACUGAUUAUGCAGAAAAAAAAAAAAUCAUUUUUAUAAAUUCUGAAAUUAAUGCAUGUCUGAAUUUUUUUUUGCUUUCACCAUUUAGUCUUAAUUUUCAAGGUAAAAGUGAAAGAAGGAUUUGCACUGUCAAAACUUUCAUUUCAGUCACACUAUCGAUCGCUCCAAACAAACUUAGAUGGGUGGGGCCGGUAUACUGUGCAACACUAAGCAUAUUAAAAUAUUAAGCAUACGUUUUAUAGCAACUGUAGCUUUGCUUUAAGGAAGUAGAUCUUUUAAUUCUAAUAGCCCAAUUAAUACUCUAUAUUAACAUAUAAAAUGGAGACAUUAGCAUUUGGUUUAAAUUAAUGGUAAUCUUAUUCCAGUAUGUACAGUGUCAUUGUAAGAGAGCCGCUCAUAAAAUUCCCCUUUUUGUUUUUGAUACAGUUACAAGUUUGGGACAUUCCCCAGAUAAACUAUAUAUGUAUCUGUUCAUAGAUAGGAUUCAGAAUAUGUUAGACAUGCUGCGCCUUCUGAUCAUAUUAAGUUUGCUCAGAAGAGCUUACCUUUCAGAAAUUGUAGGACAAGGAGACACAAAUGUUGUGGUGGGUCAGGAUGCUUCAUUCUCUUGUACGCUGCCAAACCCGUCUGGAGUCAAACAUGUCACCUGGCAGCGGGUGCGUGCGGAUCAGUCUGUACAAAUUCUGGCUACAUUCAGCGAACGCUUCCAGGAUAAUGUGGAUAAGGAGUAUGCCAGUAAAGUCACUUUGACUCGUGCAUCAUUUAAUUCAACAUCUAUUGAGAUCAAAAACACAACAUUUGAAGAUGAGGCUUGCUACAUUUGUUCCUUCAAAGUGUAUCCAUCAGGACCCAUACGAAAAACCAUGUGCCUCACUGUUAAAGGUAUCUCAGAAAUAACAGCGGAAGUGAAUUCUUCACCCACUUCUGAUACAAAUGUUGUAGUCUCUUGUUCAGCCACCGGUAAACCAACUCCAACAAUCCAGUGGAAAUCUGCAGAGAAUGAGCUGAACUACAUGUCAAAUAAUUUCACAAACCUCAACUUAGAUAGUUCAAGCACCAUUACAAGUAACAUCACGCUUCCACUGUCACAGUUUCAUGGGAAGUACGUGGAAUGUUUGGUUCAGAGUGACGGUGUGGAGAAGAGGUACCAAAUUUACGUGCCUCAACAAGAUGAUGAUAAAGAAAAUGACACAUUAAGAAGUUAUAUAAUUCCGAUGUUGGUCGUGGUUAUUUUCAGUAUUGUCGUUAUUGCCUUCUACCUUCACACAAAGUUAAAUAAUAAAGAUCAGAAAUUUGCUUGUACAGCAUAAACUACUGGUCUGCUGCCACUUUAUUCAAAAUUUACAAAACUGUUAUAUGCUACUUUUGCUACUAAAAAAGAAACUGUUUACAUUCAUGAAUAAGCUAAUUGUAUAAAUAAUAUCUGUUCACCUGAGAAAGUCUCUAUAGUUUCUACAUCCUGCAUCUGCACUUUAAGAACUUAAUGAAUAGUUAUUUCUACUUAACAUUUGGUAUUAUUUAUUGUUGUGGGUAAUGUGUAUUGCAUUUUGAAGAAUUUUGUUACAGCAGGCUGUCUUUGAGUAUCGGCUACAGUUUUUUAUUUUUAUUUUUUUAUUUAUUUAUUUUCUUUACCAAACCCUUUUGCUAUAUGUGAAUUUUGUGUUUUAUACAUUAAUUGAACAUAGAAAGUUCGUUGUCAUUUAUACUAUGUAUAGUCCAUAAGUCCAUAUCUGGUACUGAAACCAACUGAGCCAGACAUGAAAAUGUGUAAAUGUUAUUGCAGUCAAAGUCAUUUCCACUUAUCUACAACACACUGACAUGCUGUUCAGCAAAGCCACAGGUCACCUGUCCAUAAUGCUCAAAGUUCUUUAAUAAAACAUGUUUGAUGGAUGCAAAUA